UAUAUUUAGAGAGAGAGCGAGAGAGCCGCCGCCAUGGAGACGGCGACAUGCUACUACAACGGCGACGACGCCUUCGACCCGCUCCUGCAGCACGAGCUCGCGCUCGAGAUGACGAGUGCGAACGAGCAGGAGAGCCGGCGAAGCGCCGGCGACGACGCGCAGCUGACGGCCGUCCUCGUCCGCGUCAACCACGCCUGGCUGCACGCGUUCGCGGCGCACCACCGACGACCGUGUCUCUCGGACGAGCUCGUUUCGCGCGACUCCGUCUGGCUCAACGACUACUUCCAGAAGCUGCGCGUGCUCCACGACCCGGCGUCGUCGCAGGCCAAGCUCAUCAUGCAGCGGCUCAAAGAGUCGAGCCGCCGACCGCAGGCGACCGAGUACGUCCACGACGGGAGCGACGCGAGUCGGCAGCUGGUCGAGCCAUUAGCGCUCAUCCUGUACUGCACGACGCAGGACCGUUUGCCCGAGCCCCGCCUCGUGCCCUUUCUACGCGAGACGGCGCUAUACUUGGAGAGCCCGGUGUUACUGGCGCGCGCCAACGAGGCAGCGCUGGCGACGCCGCUGUACCGGCUGCUCGUCGUGCGGCAAAACACUGAGGCGCGCAUGCUGCUGGUGCGACUGCUGCUGGCGCUGGCCCAAGCCGACGCCUCGGCCGUGGUCCGCGGCUGCACCAUUGGCGGCCAAGGCCGCGCGAUGCUACCGAAUAUCUUUAUCCAGACGCUGCCCAAGCGCCAUCCCGAGUGCGCCGAGCUCCAAACGACCGCCGCCCGGCUCGUGCACAUCUUUGACGUGCGGAAGAGCUCGUUCUUCCUCGACAUUCCGUCGGCCAAGAGCCCGCGGAAAGCACUCUCGCCCGUCGUGCUGGCGGCGCUGCCCGUUCCAGCGUUCUCGCUGCCCGAUGACGUGCUUCGUCCGUCGAGUCCGUACAAGGAGAGCGUGCGCCCAACGACCCACGCGAUGCCACGCCGGCGUCCGUUCCCGUCGCCGACACUCCGCGCCGACGUCGACGUGCGCCGGCCGUCGACGCCGCAGAAGCUCGCGCCGCUCGAGGCGAUCGAUGCGCGUCUCGCCGCCUUCGACUUGACGCCGGUCGAGAAGCCGCCGUCUGUGCACAAGCCGAUCCCGAUGCCAUUUCUCGACACACCGCCAGCCGAGGAUCUGCCGCGGUCACCCAUCACACCGACGACGCGCCAGCGCAAGCCGGAGCUGCAGUCGGUCGCGAGCUUCGAGUGGUACUGGCGCACGCUGCCGCCUGGCCACGCCAAGCUCUCGGACUACGCCAAGCUCAAGGCCGUGUGUCGCGCCGCCGUGUCACUGCACAAAUCUGGCGACCUCGAGCGCGCCUCGGAGCUCUACGCCCUCGCCUUGCGGCUUUCCGAGCCGGUCAAUGUCGAGACGGACGGGACGGCGCCGCUGCGGGUCGCGCUGCUCGUGAACCUCGGGAGUGCCCACUUGGGCCUGCGGCAGUGGGAGAGUAGCAUCGCAUCGCUCCGGGCGGCUAUCGUGACUUGUCCCGAGCACGUCAUGGCGCACUACACGCUCGGUAUGGCGCUUGCCGCCAGUGGGCAGGUCCAAGAGGCCAUCACCGAGCUCCAGGCCGUCGCACCGUUGCACUCGCCGGCCAAGGCGCAGCUGCGACGCCUCGAGAGCCGGCGGCCGCGCAAGGCAACCGCGUCCGCAGCGACGUUGCGCUCGGCGAUCGGCCGCAUGGCAAUGCAGGCAGAGGCGCUCGAUGUGGUGUGGGAGACGCUCUUCCAGUGUCUCGACAAGUCGCGCUGCGGCGUCGUGAGCGUCGAGGGCUUCCGCGACAUGCUCCACUUGGCCAGCGUCACGUUGACGAAAGACGAGUGGCGCAGUCUGCUCGGACACGUGGCACACGAGCACGACGCAAACUACAUUGUGUACACGCGCCUUGCAUCGGACGUGAUGCUGCAACGCCCGGCGCCGCCGUCCCCCGUCGACAAGGUUUGCUUCCACGGCCUCCGCCGACGCACGGGCAUGGAGCGCCUCCGCGUCUCGCUGCACUUGCUCGCCCAGCGCGAGGCCAGGGCGUUCUGCGGCACGGUCGCGCAGUGGGCUCACUUUGGCGUCGACAAGACCAUCGACAUUUCCUCGACAGCGCCGCCCGUCUCGUCGACGUGGAUGCCCUUCGUCGUGCACGUACCGCCAUGUCCGACAUCCGUGCUCUCGACGCUUGCGACCGCCCUUGUCGCCCAGAGCACGGCCAAAGGCGUCGCGUCCGCCCACCGCGCAAUCCGGCUCCGGCGCCUCAUCACGCGCAAGGUCGUCGAGACGUUUGUGGCCAAAGGCGUGGUCUACGCGAUUGCGAGCACGACAAAGCUCCUCCACGAGAUGCGCCACCGGCUCGCGACGACCUGCGCCAUGCACGACGUCUGCGGUGGCGUCGCGAUGCACUCGCUCCGGCACUUGACCGCCGCCCAUGCGCAUGCACACGUAUAUGCGCAAGCGCAAGCCAAGACGGUCCUCGAGCGCAUUGCGGCGCGCGCAGCGGCCACGGUCGCCGUGCGUGCUGGCGCCACGUUCGACCUUCCGACCGUCGGCGCCCAAGCCAAGGUCGUGGCAACGCGCUGGCGCAAAACGAGCGGCGCAUUACGCAAACUGGCUGCGGCGAGUCGCAAGCACGGCGUAGCGUGGGUGCACGCUGGCGGCUCACUCCACGACAUUGCGACGCUGGCGACCCGGCAGACGGCGCAGCUCGGGAAGCAGCACCGGCGACUCGUGGCCGUCGCCGACCACGCGAUGCAGAUCGUAGUGCAGCGUCGUGAUGCAGUGGAUGCCGUCGCUGUUCGGGUCGUGCGCGCGAAGAUCGCCUACUACACGGUCUUUCAUGCGCUGCAGACGGGCCUCUCGACGGUCUCGGGCGCGCCGCUGCCCGCGUACGACCUACCGUGGAUGUUUCGCAAGUACGAGAUCCUGCCGAACGACGAGAUUGAGCUGCCCGGCGAAGUGCUACCGACAGAGGGAGUCGUCGGCGUCGAGCCCUGGCACACGGAGCGCACGACUUUGUAGCUCGUAGUA